AUGGUGCUCAGCAAGCGAAAAAGAGACGGAGAAUUCGCGCCUUGGAAGCCAGGUUUUCAAGACUCCGAAGCCAGACCUUCAGAAGCAAAGAAAACAAAGACCACGGAGACCACAUCUACCACCAAGGAUGUUGUUGCGACUCCAACACUCGCACCGCGCUUCUCUCCUUAUGUCUCUCAAUCUGGUUCAUCCCAGUCAAGUGUUGGGAUUAAUGAAAUGAAACCAUUGCCUUAUGGGUCACACAAAGCAUCAAUGUAUAACGAAUCGACUCCGAUUUCUCGACCAGCACCAUCGCAACCUACCGCGUCCGGAUCUGGUGCUGUCAAAAAACCCAGAGGGAAGAAAGCGAAGGUAGAUGAUGCAGUUCCCGUUGAAAAGCGGGCUGCAAAGUAUAAACCAAGAUGUCCACAGAAUAUCAUGGAAAGACUUGAGCGUGUCAGAGAGCAACGAAUGUACAUGGUUGACCGUCGCCGGAAUGGAAAUGAACUGCGGGAAGAGUUCAGCGUUCUCGGAUCAACAGGAAAUGUUUACACCGUGACGGUCGAUCGUCUCCCUAGAUGCAAUUGCCCUGAUGCUACCAAAGGCAAUCAUUGCAAGCAUAUCCUUUUCGUCUUUGUCAAAGUUCUUCAAGUCAGCCAGGAAUCAGGUUAUUGGUACCAGAAGGCUUUGCUUACCUCUGAGCUGGAACAAAUUUUCGCAGAGGCUCCCCUGGCCCCUAAUUCUGAGGCAAAUCCACAAGUCCGCGAGGCCUAUGCACGAGUAACUGGCAGGCUUCCUGCGGGUGCCAGUAGCUCAAAGUCAGGGUCCGGCAAACACAAACGCGUGCCAGGCCCUGGUGACGACUGUCCUAUCUGCUAUGAUGGCAUGCAUGGCGUCGCCGAAACGUCUUUGACAUACUGCGAGCAGUGUGGAAAUGCUGUGCACAAAGAAUGUUUCCAACAAUGGAUGGCAACGUCUCAGCGGACGGGUACGGGACUGACUUGCGUCUGGUGUCGUGCCAAAUGGACUUCUGCACCUGGUGUGGGAGGUGCAAAUGUGGCAAGGCCUUCAUCCGAUGGGCGAUACAUCAACCUCGCGAACGUCUCCGGACAAAGCCCUGUCCGUGACACUAGUUCAUAUUAUCAUGGACCCCGAAGAGGAAGGCGAUACCACGGAUAUCAGAUUUAUGAUGAUUUUUGA